AUGGAAAACUCAACCAAACACCAAAAAAUCGUUUUGGAAUACGUAAAAUCCUCAAAUAUCGAAUUUCUUGUACAAAAUAGUAUCAGGACUCUGAUUUCAGCUGACACACUUCCUGAUAACCCGUUUGGAGCUUUAUCCCGACAUUUUACCUACUUUGCAGCUAAAGAUGACUUGAAACGACUGCAAAUAAAAGUCCGCGAAUACCAAAUGAACCGUCUAGAGCUGCCCCAAAAAUUUGGAAUCACAAAUGUUACUAAUGAAGUCGAGCUAUGAAGCUUGCCUCAUCUUCUGCACUAUAUAAACCCAAAAUCGACCAAAAUUCUUAUCAAAGUCCUAAAAGAAUUCUGCACAGAACAAAAACGAAGCUACGGGGAAUAUAAGUUACAGUCAAGAAUAGCUGUUUUAGGUGGAGAAUUAUUUAGAUCUAGCUUGAUCCAUGUCCCUGAAAUUGCACCGACUCAGCUAGAAAUUAGGGCAGAGUGCUUUGUGACUGGGCCUAAUUUUGAGCAGUCUUUUGAGCUAUUUGCUGAGUUUGUGUAUGAGGACGUCAUGAGGCUCGGUUCAAAUAAUUCGCUGAAUCUUAUAAGAGAUUUUUAUGUAGAGCAGGAUCCACAGACAAAUUAUGUUAAAAAAGUGACUUUUGAAGAAAUAAAAGAAAAUAAGCAGCUGUUUAUAUCGGAAUUGAAAAGCGCUAUUGUACAGAAGAGAAGGAGCUAUAUAAGGGUGCUGCUUUUUACACAAGAUUUAGCAAGAGUAGGGAUCAGAGAUAUGGUUAGGGCAUCGACACCAACUAGGUUUGUGAAUUCGUCAGAAGCUGCGGUAUCUGAUCAUUUUCAAUACAUUACGACCAAAAAAUCAUACGUAAUGCACUACUCUAAGCCAGACUCUCCACUUGUCUAUGAAACCACUUCUCAUAUUCCUAUGAUUUCGCUAUUUCAAGGAGUUUUCCCAAAUCCAGAUUCAGCACGAAACUAUGCUGAAAUGUUCUAUACCGAGAAAAAGAAUCCAUAUGACACCCCUCACAUUCAAAAAUACUUAGAAUCUAAAAGAGAACAAAUAAUAAAAUACUACAAAAAAGGAAAAAUAAUCACAAUGCUAUGAGAAGUAUUUUUGCUCGUAUUGUGCACGAGUGAGAGCUCCAAAAAUGCCGCCUUAAUCGAAGAGCUUUUACAAAUAUUUGCACAUAACAGCUCAAAACUAUACAGGAUGCAGAAACUUAAUUUUGCACUGAAAAUAUUGAUUAAUGCAUAUUAUGACACCAAUUUCAGCCAUUUUCAAAAGCUAGCUGAAGGGCUUUUUGUAGGGUUUAAGGAAGGAAUGCUUGAUAUUUUUGGAGACUGUUCAAGUGCUGAGAUGCUUUUAUUAAGAGAAUUAACCAAAAACAUGCUAAAUUUUAUAUCAGUCAAUAAGUCAAGGACUUUAGAUUUUCAUUCUUAUACGUUGAUUAUAUUAGACAGGCUUGAAUAUAUCUGUCGAAGUCUUGCUCAAAACACUACAGAAAUGCUUCUAAGACAAAGUCCAGCAGUAAAUGAACUAUUAUCAAGACUCCUUUCAGCUUAUAACGUUCAGCAAUAUCUUUCUCAUAGUGAGCUAUUAGAAGGAAAACUUACAGAGCAGGUUUUUGACUUAAAAGAAGAAGUGAAAAAGCAGAAAACUAAGAAAAACAUGGAGUAUCAAGUUAUAUGUGAGUAUAUCGCUAAGACAGGAGUUAUGGAAACACUUAUCCUUACUACAAGAGAUAUAUUGCUGAGCUACCCUUUACUGCCAAACCCCUUGAAAAUUUUUGCAAUGAAGUUAAUGUGCGAAAUAUUCAAAUACGAUAUGUUUAAUGCUGACCAAAAUGAUAUUUUAGACAACAAUUGCAGAGUCCCCAAUAUUGUCCAGGGACAAAUGUAUCAAAGUGACCCAACUGGAGAAAAUUAUAAAAACUCUCAGCUUCCUUAUAUAAUUGGCUUUGAAGAGGUUUUAUUCGUGUCGAAUGCUGAUGAAAUAGGAUUUUUUAAACUUAUUUUAUACCCAUAUGAAGUUUUGCAUUUAUCGGCUAAUGAAUCAUUGCCUGAAGGAUAUAACUUGAGAAUAGUAUCCAGUAUUUGUGGGCAAAGCGUGAUGAAUUCAUUAGCAUUCAGAAAGCAGGCCACGCUCUGACAUGUCAGCUAUGGAUUUUAUAUGAAUGGGCCUUCAUUUAAUGCAGGCACACAUUCAUUUUUAGAUCUUCUCAUAAGAUACGCACUUUGGCUUGAUUUCAGCACCGAUGCCUUUGUAAGUGGAUUUUAUACCUCCCACUCAGACGAGCCUCUUGCUUCCUUUCAGGACCUAAUAUCCCCAAGUGACCGUGAAAAUUCGCUUGGUCUUUUGCUUUCAGCUUACCAAAUGAAUACACCAGUAUGGCUGAGAUAUAUAAUUCCCUAUAAAGGCGACAAAGACCUAGAUGUGGAGGCUCAUUUUAUUGCAGUCCACGUCUAUUUUAACUUGCAUUUCGCUACAGGAAUGGGGAGUAUUCGGACCACUCUAACUCCUUUACAAAACCUUGAAGAUAUUGUCAAAGUAUUUUUUAGCCAAGAAGAUUUCGAGUUGUGAUUAGAAGUGGGGCCGACUGAUGUGUCUUCAAGCCAAGUUAUUGAUAAGUUUUUUGAUAGGGUAAAUCAUAGCUAUGAUGUAGGACAGUAUUUUAGAGGCUAUUUGUAUACACUUUUUAUAAAGGUUUUUGAAAGAGAUGAAGAAAAAUAUUAAUAUUGGCAUUAAUUAUAGAUUAGGACUCUUCCUACUUUUAUGUUUCACCUGUGACAGGUCUUCGUAGAAGACUCGUUCAGCUGCUAGCGAACCUCCCUAGUAUUUCAGCAUUUCCACAGAAAUAGCUCUCCUCCGGCAUUCGGCCGGUUCUUAAUUCUGUCUCGGAACCUUGGAAUAUGCUGGCUUGGGGCUUGACGGUUGCUGCUUGAGUGACUAGAGUCUAGCUAUAAAUAAACUUUCUAGUUAGUAUCGGUACCAAAUUAGCUUCGUCGUCGGCACUAGCAGUUACUAGGGUAAAAGUCUUUUUUUUCCCAAAUGUCUAUCGGGAAGACACAAGUCUUAUUGCUGGAGAAGGAGGCAAAAUCCAAUAUGAACUAAAAUAUCCAGUACCCAUGGCUCCGUUUCCUGCUCAGUUUUGGCUCAGACCGAAAGGUCUCCAAACUUGAAACAGGGUCCGAGAGAGGACGGGUCGGUGAUGUUGCCAUUUUAUUUGUGAAGAGAUGAAGAAGAAACAAUAAAAUUAUUGAGAAUGAAAGAAACACCACUGGUUGUGAUGUUGGAAGCGACUGAAAUAUGCGCAGCUAUGCUUGAUAUUGCGAGCUUGGGCUUAAAAAAUCACAGAAAAUUUAACUUAGAGUACUCAGUUUUUGCGCUGGAGCAGCUUAAAAACUUCUGUGAAAGGUGCAUUUAUAUGGAGAGAAACAUAUUUCUUGAGAGCCUUCAGCCAAGUAUUAUUAGAGUGCUCCAAAUUACAGAAAAUCUGCUCAAAGAGCACGGGACAAAUAAAUUAGAAAGAGUUGUAUCAAAUUUACUAUGGGCAAGAGACGCUCUAAAAGUCCAAAAUAAACUUGCCACUUUAGCACUUUAUGAAGUAUUAAAGGACAAUCCUGAGUUUGCCGGGUAG